GGAAGCCUUUGCAAGAGCAAGAUACUCCUUAUGCACACAAGAGCAGUACCACGACAUAUCUUCUCCAAGAUCAUCAAUGGCGAAGACACCUGGUGCUUUGCUCGGCCCCGUCCCUUUCGCGGACGUCGAAGCUGACUCAGGCUUGGUCUCCAGCGUGCCGGAGCAUCUUCCGGAGGAGCACGCGGACGCCGACCUUGUGUCCGCCCUGCCGAGCGCGCCGAGGCCCAACAAGGGCUUGCUGAACCUCCGUUUCUACGAGGGCAUCUGGCUGCCGGAGUACUUUGUCCCGGCGGCCGUCGCCCUACAUCGCCGCUUCGAGCCCCGCCGGGACGACGUCAUCGUGGCUAGCUUCCCCAAGUGCGGCACCACGUGGGUCAACGCCCUGACGUUCGCCACCAUGGCGCGGCACGCCUACCCCGCCGCCGGCGCCGGGCACCCGCUGCUGCGCCUCAACCCGCACCAGUGCAUCCCUUUCCUGGAGGGCCUCUUCCGGAGCCCGCGCGGGGAGGCCAAGCUGGAGGCGCUGCCGUCCCCGCGCCUCAUGAACACGCACAUGCCGCUUGCAAUGGUGCCGCGAGCCGCCGCGCCGGGCGGGGGCGGGUGUAAGGUCGUGUACGUCUGCAGGGAGCCCAAGGACAUGGUGGUCUCGCGGUGGCACUUCCACCGGCGGCUGCAUCCGGAGCUGGCGUUUGCCGACGUCUUCGAGUCCGUGUGCAGCGGCACCGUGGGGUACGGACCAGUAUGGGACCACAUCCUCGGCUACUGGAGCGCCAGCACGGCGAGGCCGGACAGUGUGCUCUUCCUGCGGUACGAGGAGCUGCUGCGAGACCCGGCGGAGCACGUCAGGAAGCUGGCCCGGUUCGUCGGGCUACCUUUCUCCGGCAUCGAGGAGGAUUCCGGCGUCGUCCAUGACAUCGUCAAGCUCUGCAGCUUCGGCCACCUCAAGAACCUGGAGGCCAACAAAACAGGCCACCUGAAUCCCGCCCUCCCGAUCCCGCGCGACGCGCUAUUCAGGAAGGGCGUGGCCGGCGACUGGGUGAACCACAUGACGCCCGACAUGGCGCGGCGCCUGGACGAGAUCGUCGCCGACAAGCUCCAUGCCGCUGGGCUCACCUUCCACGAGUGACGACCACUCGAAUGGAUUUUUUUUUUAUCGGGAGAGAUUUGUGGAUACCAUGGUGCACUGUAUUCAUCGCUGAAUUAUUCCAAAUGAAUUUUGAAUUCAAAUUUUCCAA